GAAGCGUCGCCAUGCAUGUGAACAAUUCUUAUCCCCAUAUUUAAAAAAUACGCGCGCGCACGCUUCUUUAUUUAAAAAAAAAAAAAAUCUUUUUUUUUCCUUUACAAUGUGCAAAAGUGUUACUCAAAUUUUAUUUUUAGAAUAAAUUUUGUCAAUUUUCAAUUGAGGUGUGAAACUGAGAAAAAAAAAUACGCGAUGUCGCGUGGCAGUGAUAAAACGAGCGUGUGAAUUUCUGCGGGGAACAAGUGGCGGAAAUUUGCAUUCGAUGACUACAUAUGCAGUUCAGUGACUUUUGCCGAUUAUCUGGAGAGAAAAUAACAGGAUAAAGAAUGGAAUUCUUCAUUUUUGUCAUUUGUUGCUUUUUCACCAUUUCCACAGCGCUGUAUUUUCCACAAUCGGAUUUUAUACUAAGAAUACCAUACUUGGCUAAAAAUGGUGUCCCUUUGAGUUCUGAUAUAAAAUUAUUUACCAUCAGGGCAUUUCGUAAUGAUUUGUCAAUUCCAAAAGAUUUAAAAUUUCAAAUUGUAUCGCCACGAGAAAAAAUCGCCUCUCUCGAUCCAAAAAAUGGAAGUUUCAUUUUACACACAUUGCCCAAAGGAGAAAAAGGAAGUUCCAAUUUUAUCGUUCAAGCAAAAGAACGAAAUGGAGAUGUUGCAUCAUUGGAAAUUAAAUUGCAACCAGUUCCAAUUGAAAAUGGACGAAUAAAUUGUACCGAUUUUUUAGAGGAUAUGUGCUUUUGGCAAGAGACCAAGUACAGAAUAUAUGAGAAUCAACCAGUUUCUAUGCUUGGCAUCCUUGGGCCUGAAAUAUACAAAAAUAUUUGUUCUAAUUUUCAUGUAACACGCUACGAAAUGUUAAAUGGUACACAAUUUUUCCACGUGGAAGGAAAUGAAAUUUUCUCAAACGAAUCUUUGGAUCGUGACACGAAGGACACUGUCAGAGGCACAGGUGCUCACGUGGAUGUUCAAAUUCGAUGUGUGAUUUGGGAAAGACAGACGGGAUUUCAACACGCUAUUGAGAAAACCAUUGGUAUUGACAUUCUCGAUCAGGAUGACAAUCCUCCGGUCGACCAACUUAAGGGCAAUCUUGAAAUACAAUUGACAGAUUUCACUUUGGGCGACAGACUGGAUAAAAAUGAAUUGAUGGUAAAGGAUGCGGAUGCGAUAAGCAGUAAUCGAUAUUCUGUCCAAAUUCUGGGAGAUAUUUACAACGCCUUUAAUAUUACAUAUGACACUCUCGCAGUGGAAGUUGGUCCAGAAAUCCCUUCAUCGACAGUAAUUUACACAAGAAUUUAUUCAAAAACAACUUUGUUGCCAAAAUCACCCUAUCGAGUUGUUCUUCAAGUGAGAGAUGAAUCUCUUCUUCCCGGAUACGGUAACAAUUUGGUGAAUAUAAAUAUAGUUUUUAUCGGACCUCAACAUCAUACGACAACAUCGACAACAUCCUUGCCAGUUCGUAAAACGAUUUCAUAUCCAGGAAGUAUAAAAAUCGCACGAACAUCCUCACAAUAUUUUCGUGUUGCACAACCCUCGAUUAAGUCGAAUCCAAAGCUUUUAUUCAGUCUCUCUGGAUCAAAAGCUUUCAACAUCACUCGAAAAGGUGGAAUAAUUUUCGUCUCGAAUCCCGAUAUUCUUCCAUCUCUUUCGUCACCGUUUCUAUUAAAAGCUGAGUGGAAGGCACCUGAUAAUAGUAUUUCUUCGACUCAAAUAACAAUACAUUUGGUCAACACUUUUGGUCCAAGUAAUGAAUCUUGUGCUUUGGAUCAAUGGGCCUCUCGAUCAUGUGCGAAUGCAGAAUCCAGAAAGGACUGUGAAGCCAGAUGUGGAAUUGGCAGUGGUUUCCUUAGUAAUAGUGGAUAUAACGGCCAUUGUAUUUGGAGAUUGAACAAUGCCAAUAAUCCUGGAUCCGGAUUAACCGAGAGAUACGAAACUUGUUCUCCAGACUUGACUCAUUGUCCAGAUCAUGUUUGCGAUGAACUCGAGGUUCUCGAUCAUCGAAUUUGUCCCCAAGAUUGCACUAUUGAAUCUGAAGUGCACUUCGGCGAAAUGAACAAGGGUGGACGAGGAAUACGAAGCGGGUUAGGGAUUUGUACUUGCAAUGACAUGAUGCAGUGCACCUGUGGUCUGGACUCUUUCCAGAUAAAUGGGAGCCGAGACCGAAGUACCAGUAGAAAAGAUGGAAAAGAUGGUUCUAAAUGGAAAAAAGAUCGUGAACGUGAAUUUGUACCGGUAGUUUCGGACGCUCGUAAAGCAUCCAAUGGAUCUUGUGGACCGACUUGUCUAAUUGGCGUCAUUGGCUCCAGCUUCUUUGUUCUUUUGAUAAUUGUCGGAUUUUUCGUCAUGUGGAGAUACCGAAUGAUUCUAAAGGGAUCUCGUCGUGAUUGUAAACACAGAAGAGAAAAUGGAGCAAAUGGUUUAGGAAUUUUGCCCUCCGAUUAUAUUGACAGAGGAGAUGGACUUUUAAUUGGUCUCGAUUCUUUCGCAGGUGUAAAUCGAUCUUUUCUACUUCCUAAGAGCUCUCCGCCGGAUCCAAAAUGGGAAUUUCCAAGAUCUCGAUUAACGAUAGAGCAAGUAUUGGGCGAGGGUGAAUUUGGCAGAGUUUUACGUGCAAAAGCAUUGGAAAUUGGCGGAUGGACGGGUUUAACAACAGUUGCAGUAAAAACACUCAAGGAAGAUGCAUGUGCUUCUGAAUUGGCUGAUUUACUCUCCGAAUAUCAACUAUUAAAAGAGGCCCAACAUCCAAAUGUUAUUCGUCUCCUGGGUGCAUGUACUUCUCACGAUGGACCUGUUUAUCUCAUAAUCGAAUUUGCCGAGUUUGGUUCACUGAGAAAUUAUUUAAGACGCAGUCGUCAUUUAGAGUCGGAAGGGAGAGUUCCAUGUUCAACGUCUUUGCUUUCGUCAUCUCCAAAUAACAUAGUUCAGGAAUUACAAACGGAUCCCCCGUCAAAUUAUGCGAUUACACCGCGAGAUAUUUUAUCCUUUGCUUGGCAAAUCAGCAAAGGAAUGGCAUAUCUCGCUGAUAUUAAGUUGGUACAUAGGGAUCUUGCGGCAAGAAAUGUUUUACUCGCAGCUGGAAAAGUUUGUAAAAUUUCCGAUUUUGGUUUGACACGCGACGUCUAUGAAGAUGACGCUUAUUUAAAACGAAGCAAAGGCCGAGUUCCGGUUAAGUGGAUGGCUCCCGAAUCUUUAGCUGAUCACGUUUAUACGAGUAAAUCGGAUGUUUGGAGUUUUGGGGUUCUUCUUUGGGAAUUAGUCACAUUAGGAGCUUCUCCUUAUCCGGGAGUCGAUGUUCAUAAUCUCUAUAAUCUCCUCAAAGCCGGAUAUCGCAUGGAAAGGCCCGCAAACUGUUCUCCUCAACUAUAUAAAUUGAUGGUUUCCUGUUGGCACGAUGAACCAGGAAUGAGGCCUUCAUUUAAAGAGUUGACAUUCCAUUGGGAACGAAUGUUGGAGGACGGAGUUGAAUAUUUAGAUCUGAAUCCAAGAACAGUUCAUAAUCAAGCGUAUUUCGCUUCUCUUCACGCUCUCGACAGUCCUACAAAAUCGCCUGGCGAUGGAAUUUUGGAUGGUGGUUCAACAUCAUCGAAAAUAAUUGGCUCGAAUGCAGUGAAUUAUUUGAGUAAACCAUUUUUUGAGCCUAUGACAAAAAGUGACAAGGUUGAUAAAUUACAUACACUUUGGCAAAAUCCCAUUGCCUCGUUUCCCGAGGAACCAAUAAAAUCACCAUACGUUAAUGAUCGUCCCGCGAGUAUGAAUAUCAAUCACUAUGAGAGUCCAAUAAAAUUUCGAAAUUCGAGUGUAACAAGUAAUAGUGAAAAUGAUCUCUCAACACCCACAAAUGAAAGACCACAAUCAUAUAUUGACAUGCAGGGGAAAAAAAAUGUCGAUCAAGAUCUUCUUCUCUUCAAUAAUGUCAUUGAACAUCAAUCAUCAGUGGUAGCGAAUGCAAAUUUAGUCUGAAAAAGAAAAGCAAAAAAAAAAAAAAAAAAACCGCAUUUGAGAUUGUAAAAAAAUCACCUGUUUGAAUACAGCGCGACACAUAUAAAAAUCUCCAAAAUCGUUAUUCGCUUUUUAAAUUUUCAAAAGCGAGAUUCUUUUGGAAAGAAUUUUUCCACAACUGAAAAAAGGAAAAAGAAUUUGUGCGUAAAAAUUGCCAAAGAGUACUUGGCAAAAUGUUAUUCUUAAUGUUAUAAUGGUACUUAUUGUUUUUGUUAAAAGGCGAACAAUUUAAAAAAAUUAAUCAAUUUUAAAUUGUUCAUCUAACGAAAGAUUUUUGUAAAUAAAUAAGUUAUGAUUUUUUGCGAUGAAUCUAAGUCAAGUCUGAAAAAAAAGAAAAGAAAGCAUCAGUCGUGAUAGUCAAGUGAAUAGGACCAAAGAAUAAAAGAAAAGUGCGCAGGAAAAAAAAAAUACCAAAGGCAUUAAAAACGAAAUAACAAUAUUUUUGUGUAAAAAAUAAAGCAACGUAUCGUUAUCUAAAAUAAAUAAUAGUAAACUAAUAUAAUAAAAUAUAAUUGUCGAUCUUAGAAUUUACAGUCUUAGCUAAAAUGAAACUAAAUCAUAGUGCGCGACGCGAUUUUGCAUUUUCAUAAAAUAUCACUAAGCUAUAAAUUCGGAAAAUCUAUUGUUGAAAUUCAAAUUAACACCUGUUAAAAUUAUGUUAAAUUCUAUUUGUUCUAUUUCUAUAUAAUUUUAUAAAUCGUCGAUUGACAAUUUAAAUUAAAAUCAACAAUUAUUUAAACAUUAUUUAUUUAUAAUUAUCUAAUUACAGUAGUUUCGAACAUUUGUUUUUUUUUCAAAAUUCUUCCUAUACAAUCAAUCGAAAGCAGCAAAAUUCUGCUAAAUUGCUAUUUAUAAUUUUCCUCAAUUAAUCGAAGAUUUCUUUUUUUUAUCAAACACAAAAAAACUUCCUUUAAAAAACCAAAUUAAUAAUCUUAUAUAGAAAAUAUUUUUUAUUACUUCCUUAAGAUCUAUUUUGUAUAAAAGUUUCCUACUUUUCUAAUUACUAUUUAAAAGCCACAGUUAUUGAGCCCCUUUGCCAAUUACGCAAAGAUCUUUUAUUUUUUUUUUUAUUUCUUUUCUUUUUCUAUUCAAAUCCAUAUGACAACAAAAUAAAGACUGUGUUUUCCAUACCUAAUCAAAGUUUUUAAUUAUAAUAUAUAUAUCAACAUUUUUUUUUUGUAUUUAUGUAUAAAAAUCACAUUCCAGUAGUAUCACUAUUUAUUUAAAAAAAAUAGAUAAAUAUUUUCAACGUAUACCUCAUAGAAAAAAAAGCUCGCAUUGCUUUAACAAUUAUAACAAUAAUUUCAAAAAGGCGGCUCUCUUAAGAUUAAUUUGAAACUAAACUUUUUUACUUUCACAUUAUUUAAGUACAUUUUAUUCUAUAUUUUUAAGUUGAUGCUUCUUUACUCGCGACAAAUUCCACAAAAAAUAAAAUUCAACAAUUGAUAAAAUAUAAAUAAUAAAAAAAUUAAAAUGUUAAAAGUAAAAAAAAAA